AUGGAUAAAAUUUCCUUCACACCUUCGGCAUUAACAUCAGGCAGAGGGAUACUGCAUAUUAUUGAGAUCGUGCUCUGUGCUGUGGAUUCUGGCCUGCUCUCUAUCUACAGGCAUCCCAGUCACACCUAUUGGGUUUGGUGCAUGUUCACCUGGGUCUUCUGCGGUAUCAUGACACUGAUCAUUACCAUUAUUGAAAUGUUCAAGAUCGAUCUGCUCUUAAAGUUUCUCAAUAUAAUGGACUGGGAUGAUUUCGCCACCGGCAUGACUCUGACCAUGACCCUCAUGGUCUUUUCCACAGCUAUCAUCUAUCCUGUGUUCUACAUUUGCUCUCGCUGCUUCUUGGCGGUGGCGAUUACGAUUGUGACUUUGGUGUGCCUCAUCGUGUACAUUGCAGAUGCCGUGAAGAGUAAAUGUGCAACCAAAGGCAGCUAUCUUUGCAUCCUGCCAGGCUUCAUCAAGGUCCUGGAGGCCUUUGUGACCUGCAUGAUCUUCAUCUCCCUCACUGGAUAUGUUGGAAAGCCAGCGCUCUACUGGUGCAUUCUGGUAUACAUUGUCCCCUUUCCUGUGACUCUGCUGUUCAUACUCAUAAACAUUCUUUACCCGUUGAAAAGCUGUUUAUGCUGCGACUUGAAAAAGUUUGCAUUUUACAUACUUUUAGUGAUAGUGCUGCUGUACAUCAGUGCAGCCAUCAUCUGGCCCGUAUACAGCUUCAGAGGCAAUCCUCGUCCUGCCGACUGCCCUGGAAACUUCUGCAUCUGGAACAUCCUCUUCAUAGUCACCUUCAUGACAUACGUCAAUCUCUUUCUUUACAUACUGGACUGCAUUUUUACAAAGCUUGGGAUAUGUGGGUUUUAG